CCAAGACUGUCCAAGCCCUCUAUGCCAUCUUCUGUUUGGAAAAUAUUUUCUCGACAGGCUGAAGCUUUUAGUUAUGUAAAAACCUGCAAAGAGGUAUACUAUGUGUUAGGAUGUUCAUGUGUUUGCUUUGGAAAAAAACACGCAGAGUGGACAGAGGUUUUACCUUGUGACAACAUAUAAAGAGCUUUGGUUUUAUUAUACGUGAGUAUUUGAGAAGGUACCCUGUAUGUUACUAAAAGUUAGUGGUAUACUGGAUAUCCCACCUAUAAUAGCUGCCACUGGAUGGUAUUCCCAGGAGCCAUCUGCUGCUCUGAGUAGCACAGAGCUGCAAUGGGUUACCUGAGCUUUCAUCUUGGCAAUGGGAAAAGUCUCCAUGAGGAUAAAACAAUAUAUUCUACAGCAGGUUUCUACUUUCUUUUGAGUAGUAGGAUGCCAUUAUUUCCUGUGAAUUAAGUACUCUGUCUGUUGAAGUGAAAUUUAUGAACGAUAGAUUUGGUUUUGCUGUCAGCUUUCCCCAGGGGAUCAUACCAACACGUGACAAAAACAUACUUCUCUGACCAGUCAUACAGCAGUUUCAGUGGGCGUUCAUACAGAUGUCUGGAAACUGAUUUAUGGGUUUGCAUUUGCAUGAUGUACUUCCAAGUACUGACAGUUUUAUCAUGUGCUGAACUUUUCCCCUUAUUUCUUUCUUUUACAAUAAAAUAUUUGGCUAUGAAGUAAAAGAAAUCUGAGGCAAUUUCUGUACAUAAAGCCUGAUUUUUUUUCUCAAACUGACAAUGAGAUUAUUUUUUUAAUUUAUUUAGAAAAAACUCGAUAUAACUCUUUCUUUGUGCUAAAGACAUAUGAAAUAUCACUUACAUUUUUUUACUGUAGUUUUUAUAGCUUUUAAAUUCUCAACAUUUCUGUAUGUAUUGUAAGCCUGGGGGGGGUUAUGGAGAGGAGAAUACUUUACAAAAUUAAAUUCUAGGCCAGACAAAUAGUCUUUGUUGAUAUUUGAUGCUGAUGUUAGUUACAAACUUUUCAAAGCAUUAUAGGGCUACUACAUUUUUUUAAUAUUGAUUAUGAAGGUGAUUGAUUGCAGAAUAAAAUAUGUGGGAUCCUUGUUUGCAACUGAUUAGCAUGCUCAUAAUGUUUAUCAUGAGAGGUUGUGAUUUGUUUUUGUCUUUCCUUAGCAAAGGUUGCAAAACAAGUCUUAUGCAUUGCUAUGAAGUAAUUCCUGCAAAAGAUGCUUGCAAACUUUAUUUUGAUUUGGAGUUUUACAAACCAGCGAAUCCUGAUGCAGAUGGCAAGAGUAUGGUCAAGAAGUUAAUUGAGCUUGUCAGCCAAAAAUUAAAAGAACUUUAUGAUGUAAAUUGUUCAUCAAAAGAUGUCUUGAACUUGGAUUCCAGUACUGAAGAAAAAUUUAGUCGGCACUUAAUAUUUCUACCCCAAAAGACUGUAUUUAAGGAUAAUGCUCAUGUUGGUAACUUUGUGAGAACCAUUUUGCAGCCUGCCAUAAGAUUAAUGGAGAGUAGAGCUGCUGUGAUUCCAACAGAGGAAGCAGGGCAUGUUUAUCAGUGUUCUGCAGGAACUGGAUUAGAUGGCUGUCUUACAAACCUCACAGCUGUUGAAGAUAAUUCUAAAGACUGGCCAGCCGCUGCUCAUGAAACAAAGGAUAUGGAAAUGCCACACCAGGGAGAAAAUUUGGAUUUUUCCUUCCUAAUAGUAAACAAUAAAGAAGGCAACCAGCAGCUUUUUGUGGAUCUAGGAGUUUAUACAAAGAAUAGAAAUUUCCGGAUGUAUAAGUCAUCAAAAGCAGGAAAAAAUGUGAUUCUGAAGAUAGCAGAGGAUAAUAAGUUUAUCCCCAAGUGUGAAAAGGAUGUUUCCUUGGAAGAAGCAUAUUUUCUUUCCUCUUUAAUCUGCAACAUUGGAACAAGUGGUGACAUAAAAGUUCUGUCAUCUGGCUUUUCAGAGGAGGAGAGAAAAAUAUCUGCUUUUUUAAACAGUAAAACUAACAGAAGCAGCAGAGAUCCCAUGGAAGGUUACCAGGGUUCGCCAUACCCAGAAAUCGAUAAUUUUGUUCGUUCUUUGGUUAAUAAAGAUGGGCUACAAGGAGGGAUACGACAAUGGAGUUACUUCUCUCUCAAAGAACUACUUAUUUACGAUAUUUCUGGUUACCGUUGGUGUGAAAAUAUCGGAAGAGCUCACAAAAGUAACAAUAUAAUGAUUCUGGUAGAUCUAAAGAAUGAAGUCUGGUAUCAAAAGUGUCACGAUCCUGUCUGUAGAGAACAGAACUUCAAAUCACAAAGUUUUCCAUUACCACCUGGGAUAUGCCUCCAAACGCUUUUCAAAGAGGAAGAAGAGUCCAUGCUAAUGGAUGACAGGGGGAACACAGAAGGAAAAGUAAAUCCACAUUCUAGUGCGUCAGACUUGUCAAAAAGCUCAGUAUCUCCAGAGAACAGCUGGUCUCAAGACUUCCUGUUUUCAGACAGUGAGUGGGAAAACACAAGUGAUGAUGCCUGUUUCCAAGAAGCUGCUGAAGACAUCGAACUAGCUGAAGCUGCAGAUGAUAGUCUGAAUAAUGCCAUGGAAGAAAUCCCAGAUGAACUUCUUCUGGAAGCUUUAAGGAAAGAAGAUCUCUACACUAAAGAAGGCAGCUAAGCACAGGCCUGGCCAGCAAUGAAUGACACUUGUGUGGUGCUGGUGUAAAAGGUCCUGCAGGGUAGUUCACAAGCACCACUCCAAAGCUGUAGGAUGAAGAAUGGAGUGCCUGGGUGAACUUCAGCAGGCCUGAGGGGAUCGUGGAAGAUUAUGUGGGGGGCUGAAGAGAACUGGACUAAAAACUCAUCAAGAAUGCUGCUCCAAGCUUAGCACUUUUAGUGUACUCUUUGCUGUACAGUUUCUAUUAGUUGUAUGUCCAAGUUUUAUUGAGAAGCCAACAAAACAGACUUCUUAUUUCCAUAUAUGAGAUGAAGUAAUAUAUUUCAAAUGCAGAUUCAAUAAAAAGAUUUGUUUAUUCA